UCCUUCCGAUAUCUGAUCAUACUAUGGCCAGUAAGAGGAGUUAAACAGAGAGACAGAUAACCCGUCAGAGAUGCAAACCGCUCUCGCAUCCCCGGUGUCGCAGCGAUGGAUAGACUGUGGGCAUUUCCACGAAUGCAGCUCUCACUGACCACUUCACGUGCCAUUGACUCACGAAUCUGAACACAUGUCCGGUCCGGAAUCGAGACCGCGCCACCUUCCCUGGAUACACAAAUGGCUCGUGGUGUAGAGCGACUCUGGAGAGAUUUACACAGAUUGAGACGCAGCGUCCCGCGCGCUGGACAGAGGAUGAGAGGAUGCUCGCGAGAUACGGCCGGAGGAAUGCGGAGCACCAAACUCUCGUUUUUAGCAAUAUUCCUACUUCUGUUGCCAAGUGCGCAGGCUUCCGAGGAAGACUCUGGGUCGGCAGGAUCAUUUCUGGAUGUGGCCACCUCACCAUCCUCAGCUCAUCUUUUGGGUGGCUUCAUCAUUACAGACAAGAACGCAGUGUCCGUCAUCCAAUCAAAUCUCUCGGGCUCAUCAAAGGGCAACAGAGAACAGCCUGAGUUUACUUUACUGGCCAGCACAGCUCAAAAACCUCCUGAACUUCUGCUGUCAAAAGCCACUCCUGAGAGUCCCGUUACAAGAGUCAGUGAAACUCAUCGAUGGCCUUCAAACGUAUCUUUAGAGAGAUUGGAGUUGUCAUUCACCCUUCCAUCUUCUUCUGAACUGGUCAGCAACCACUCUUCCAACUCAGAGUCUGAGUGGAUAUCUGAACUAGUUUCAUCUGAGUCUACAUCCAAAGCUGCAGACCCUCACCAUAAAGCCAAUGAUUCCAACAUAUAUUCAUCUGAGCAGAGAAACACUGCUACACCCAACAAAACUUCUGCCACAACUGUGUACACACAACGAGAACGAGUAGAGGUCACGACUAUUACUGUAUCUCAACCUACAAUGUUUACCAGCAAUACUGUUACCAUGACCACAACCAGCACCCCAUCUACUACAGCCACAAAGCUGACCAGCACUACUCAUUUAACCAGUGCUAAACGAAACGCUAAAACAAUUACAACAACUAUCAAAACAACAACCCCACUCCAAGAAUCAUCAAGAACAACACGUAGAAUGCUGUCCCCCUCAACCUCAAAAAGUGCUAAGACCACCCUAUCAAGAAGUACUUUAGGCCCUCUAAGACCUGCUGCCACUGAAGCGACGUUGCUCAUGUGUAACAUCACUGACAGGAUGUGGAUAAAGACAGUGCUGUCCAUACAGUUACGGAGGAGUCGUCUAGACAGCAUUUUGAAGCAGAAUCUCCCUAGAGGACUCACUCAAGCACUGAAGAAGGCCUUGAAUGAUAGCACUGUUCAGGCUAAGAUUGAGAGCAUCUCCAGCGCUCCUAACGUGACAGUUGGUUACUAUGUGAUGGGUGGAGGGAUAGUAUAUACUGCCUCAGUGGUGGUAGAGGCUGUGAUUGUCUACGGUAUUGAGAGAUUGAUGGCGGACAUCCGGCAGUUUGUGCCACUGGUGCAGGCCGUACCCGUCCCAGCUGCCCCCUGGAGAUCCAGCCCUGCCAUCUCACUCAUGCUGAAGACAGUUCUGAGGUUUGUUGGUGGGGGUGAUGACCUUAGGUCCUGUAGAUUUGCUCAGACGAUGGAGCAGAGACUGGAGAAUGCUUUUGCUGAAGCAGAGGCCAUUGUUCUCAACUCACACAACGCUCUCAAUGUUCAGAUCUUGAGUGUAUCUCAGUCUUUGGGUUCUGCUGUAUCUCUCAUAUAUGUGGUGCAUAAUGGAAGUGUCAUUCUCAGUGGAAUAACAGCAAGUAACCUCCUUAGCCGCUUGACAGCUGAGCUUGUGGGCUACUUUCUGUUUUACCCUCCACUGAUCACUGCUGAGCCGCUGGAAUACCACAACCUCAACACUUCUAUAGCAACCAGGCCCUUUUGGGUGAUCACAGUGGUUCAGGAUGUGGAGAACUCGUCUCUUGAGGGACAGUACCAGAGCUUUGCCAGUCUGAUGGAGGAGCGUUUCGCAGAACUCUUUAUGGUGGCCCAUCAGCAGGGUGUUCGCUUCAAACGGGCAACAACAGUGGGCAGUUACACCGUCCAGAUGGUGAGCAUCAGGCGUGUGCAUGGUCCAAAAAACCCAGCUGAGAUGACUUACUACGUCCAGCAGAAUGGGACCCCACUACUCGGCACAUCCGCAGCCAAACUUCUCAACACAGUGGAUUCACAGACCAUGGCGCUCACGCUGGGAUAUUUUGUCCAACUGCAGGCUGAAGCUGUGGUGAAGAAUCCACCCAACAACCUGUGGAUCAUCGCUGCGGUGCUGGCGCCCAUCGCUGUCGUAACCCUUAUCAUCAUCAUCAUCACCACGGUGAUGUGUCAUAAAAACAAGAGCGAUUUCAAAAGUGAUCCCAUUGGUAGCUUCAACCCCCGAGUCAAGACUGCUUACUGGAGAGACGUGGGUUAUUACCCUCAGCCUGUUCAGGGGUUUGACUAUGCCAAGCAGCACCUGGGUCAGCAGGGUGGUGAUGAAGAGUCCCUCCCGGUUACCCAGGGCACUAUGAUUCUGCCCCACCCCAUUCGAGAUGCCCCACUGUCCUUAGACAAGACCGUACGUCAAGAUGUGUCUGCCUCAAAAAAGAGCUUGACCAGUCAGAUAAGGAAAAGUAAGUUGCCGAGUGAGGAUGGCUCUGUCAUCAGCAGUGAAUCAGUGAAGGGGGUCUCAGGCAAGAGCUUGAGUGUGCAAAAAGCCAGAGCACAGCAGAAAACCGUGAGGGAGGAGACAAGGAAGAGUAAUGAUCAUUAUGAUAGUUCCUCAGGAUCGCUUCAGCUUAUUUCCACAAAACCCAUGGCCGCCCAAUCCACCUACUCGCACCCUGCAUCUUCCGACCGCAGUCAGGACUCUGCCAUACUCAGUGGAGAGGUGAAUCUGGCUCUGAAACAGAAGUCUGACAUCGAGCACUACAGGAAUAAGCUCCGGCUGAAGGCCAAGAGGAAGGGUUACUAUGACUUCCCUUCUGCUGAGGGGAGAGGCAGCACCAAAGACCUGAGUGAGCGACACAAAUACAGCCACAGCAGGCCCCCAGAACCUCACAGCAGAGCACAAGAACCUGAAGACGACAGGAGAUCCACAUAUUUGAAGCACAGCAGGAGAGGUUCUCAGGUGAGGCAGCAACCCACUCAUCGAAGUAGACAGUCUCUCAACAGUCCAAGUCCUGGGGAAACUGAGAUGGAUCUUCUGGUCAUGAGAGAGAGACCCAGAAAGGGGAUCCGCAACAGUGGCUAUGAUACCGAGCCAGAGAUUAUCGAAGAGACUGACGUGGACCGACAGGUGGGCCGUCAUUAUUACGGUUGUGCUCGUCGAAUCAAAGGUCAAUCUGAGGCGUCGACAUUGAGCUCUCAGCCCUCCAUAGAUGAAGUCCGGCAGCAGAUGCAUCUUCUGCUGGAGGAAGCCUUCAGUCUGGCUUCUGCUGGACACUCCAGCUCCACCAGACACCACCAUCAGCAUGCUCCACUAGGGCCCUACUGCCUUGGGCCAGUCAUCCCAUACUCAGAGGUGGUGACCAGCACACCAGGCACCUCGAUUCGAGGGCAGAGGGGCAUGCAGUGGGUGCCAGCCUAUAGACCUGACCCUUACCAGUACAGUCUGGCCAAACAGGCGUUCAGGUUCACUCAGCUGCCAGAUAUGGCUCUCGGAUCACCACCACCACCGAUCCCACCGAGAACAGGCCCUCCACCUGAGACAUCAUUGAGACGGUCAUCAUCUGAUCUUGGUCCAAAAGGUCACUACCCUGAGUCAUCAGUGCAGAGUCAGCAUGACAGCGCCCCCUAUAUGCCAAACGUCAGAGCACCAUUUCCGCCGGUCACUACAGAACCCAUUCCCAACCCCUCAGGAAAUCCCAUGACAGCAGUGUAUGCCAUUCCAGCCACUCGCCCUGGAUACACGGGCUACUUCAUCUCCACGCCGCCUUCAUCCUAUCACAGCCCGUCUUGGAUGUCCUACCCGCCUGAGCCUGAGGACGUGCCUCCUCAGUGGGCCGAAUCUGUGCCCUUACCGGGCUAUGCAGAGGCCUUUCCUCACCCCCACUAUCCUCAGGGCAGCCCGCUCCUGUGGCAUCACAGCCAGGCCAUGUCUGCUCAGGGCGGUCCAGACCACCGGCCCUCCUCAUCCACAGCAGCUUCCCAGCAGAGUCUAACUGAGCCUGGGGAUCCGAUCAGCCCUGACACCCCUCUCAGCAGCCUUUCCACCUCAGCCCUGGUCCAAGCCAUCCGCGAUGAGGUGGCCAAACUGGCCAAGAAGCAAGCAGACAUGUUGGAGUUCCAGGUGUAGAGCUUCCCUGCUGAAAAAAAACAUUAGCUGGUUUUCUGGUCUUAGCUGUUUUAAGAUGGUAUCCAGCCUGUUCAAGCUUGUGCUCAGGUGGAUUAGCUGGUCUCCCAGCCUGACAGCUAAAAAGCACUCAAAAACCCUCUAAAACCAGUCUUACCAGUAUGGGAGACAAGCUAAGACCAGCUAACCAGCUUAGAUGUUUUUGUUUUUUUUCUUAUUUCAGCAGGGUUUCCGGUGGUUUAUUGAACCAGCUGCACUGCGACGAGACUCAGAGAUUAAUGCAUUUAUGACUUCUGUGCAAAUUAGACUCCUGAUUAUAUUUAACUGGAUACUUUAAUUUAUUCAAUUUAAUUUUGUCUGCUGUUUAUUAAGGUUUUGUGUGCUUCUUUUAGUAUGUAUCAUUGUAGUAUAACAUUAAUAUUUAAUUCAAGUUUUCAAUUGGACAAGAAGAAAGUUUCCUUUGUAGAAAUGUCAGAAAUAACUCAAAUUGGCUUGAAAAAGUAUCCGGCUCCCGAGUCCCCGUGCUCAUUAAAUCAGUACCACUGGGGGGAGCUAUGUUAACAAAAACUUAAGUUCAUUAUUUCAUAAAACAAAGGUAAAUACGUUCACAUUUACAUAAAUACAAAUUCAUAUCCAUAAAUCCAUUCAAUAGUACUAAGCCCCUAUGGGAAAUGAUGGUGGGAAAAUAUGAGUAGGGAGGGAAAUAAUUAUUGAUGCUUUUGCGUUCGCUCGCAAAACUUCUACGUUCAUCCAAGAAACAUUUGCGUUCUCUCACAAUUCUAAUGUUCUUGCAAGAGACUCUCAGAUAUGCAUUCCCACAACUGAAUGCUCUGCGGUCUGUACUUUGUGAAAUUACUGUCAUGUAAGAAGAGUGAGAAGAUACAGCGACUCUUUCUGUAUUGCGUCAUUACACCAGCAGGUGGCGAAAAGUCUUAAUAGUUAACACAGUCUAAAUGUAAAUGGUAACAUAAUAGUGGUCAUUUAGUUUAAAACACUAACACUAUGUUCCAAAUGGCAUAAAUGAUGGGUGUGACUCAAUCAGCUCCCUAGUUCAGUAGUUAGGAGGACACUGGUCAGGGAGUCGGCCAUUUCUAGGGCUGUCCCAAUCACAGAAUUGUUCCAGUGCACGGAAAUGUUUGCUCCCUGAAAACUCCCAGAAUGCACGGUUAAAACCAGGGAACAUCUUUGUUAUCUUGUUCUAGGUUCCCUUACUGUAACGGUCAUCAUUUCUUCUGAAGUCUUUCAAGUCGUUACAGGAUGAGCGUAAGUGCAAAUAUAUGAUGCCAAAGCCUUAUUUUCAAUUUAACAAUUGUCUUUCAUCCAUAAUGUCCAUGAAAGGAAAACAAUCUUUGAAAUAUUACAGUUGUUAGAAAAAGAUUAAAAAUACACUCCUUGGGGGCCAGGGUAGCUCAGCAAUUAAAGACCCUGUCUACCACACCUGGAGUCGCAAGUUCAGAUCCAGUCAGGCUUCCUAAGCAACCAAUUGGCCCGGUUGCUAGGGUGGGUAGAGUCACAUUGAGGUAACUCCCUCGUUGUCACUAUAAUGUGGUUCUCACUCUCGGUGGGGUGUGUGGUGAGUUGUGCGUGGAUGCCGUGGAGAAUAGCACGAGCCUCCACACGUGCUAGGUCUCCGCGGUAACGCACUCAACCAGCCACGUGAUAAGAUGCGCAGAUUGACUGUCUCAGACACGGAGGCAGCUGAGAUUCUUCCUCUGCCACCCAGAUUGAGGCGAGUCACUACGCAACCAUGAGGACCUAGAGCGCAUUGGGAAUUGGGCAUGCCAAAUUGGGGAGAAAAGGAGAGGAAAAAAAAUGCACUCCUAAUUAAUUUCUUAAUUUAUGUCAUUUAUUUUUCAAAAUAACACUGUAUGUUUUAAUAUCUACCUCAAAAAAACACACAACAGUGUCAUUUAUACAGCGAUGUUGCUGAUUAAUAACAGGUGCGUUUGAAUGAGCACAGCCUUGUUAUCGUGUCGCAGGUGAUUGUGUCAUAAAGUCCCGAUGUUCAGUGGAUCGAGUUUGUUCACGAUAUACUGAUUCACGACAAAGGAAGCUCGGGAGCGGAUUGAGACACAGGGGAUGUCUUCACAGGGCACUUAAGAGAGAACAUUCAUAGUAGCAAAGCUCCAGUGUUGUUGGACAUGAGUUCCAGCAAAUUUUAGGCCUUAUGGAGGGGGAAACACCACCAUCACCACCACAAUAAUAACAACAACAAUAAGCAUAAUAGUAAUAAUAAGUAUAUACAGUUACCAUGUUUACCAUCAUGUUCGUUAUGCUCAGUACUAUUUAAUGGAUUUAUGAAUAUGAAUUUGUAUUAAUUUUGUGAAUAUGUAUUCAAAUUUAAAUGUAUUUAUAAUUUCAGAAUAUUACUUUUUAAAAUGCAUUAUUCAUAAUCCUCAAAAAUUGCUUGAAAUAAAAUGGUCAUAACAUCCACUAGAAAACCUGGUAUGGUAAUUAUUCACAGUUAUAAAUUGCAACAAUAUCAAAACAAGCAAUAUCAGUCAUUUUGUUUGUGCGUAAAAUGAUGUCUACACUAGACGUGACCAGAAAUGUUGUGUUGUCUUGGGUUUGUCUACCAAGGUGUUCUAAUAUACCUAGAGUUCUCUAUCCAUUAGCAUUUCCAUUCAUUGCAGUUGCUCUUCUGGUGCUUGCAGCCCUGGAAGUUUGUGACAGUGAUGCUGCCUUUUUUGCCACAAAGACACCUUUUUGUUUUUUUGUUUUUUUUAAAAGAGUCAGAUGCUAUUUACACUCCAGUCCAAAUUGUGUCAGAUAAUAUUUGCACCCAUAUUUAAAUACUAACAUAAAGUAUGGGCAUCACUGCAGUGUGUUUCUUGUGUUUAUUUGGAGUCCCACAGACACACUACAUUAACCCCUACCACUAAACCUAACCCUAACUUUCCCAUAGAAAAAAUAAUCUUGGUUCCCUAUCUGUCACUCACUCGACGUUGUGUUGAUGUAGUGACACUAGGGGUCACUCUUGGGAG